UCACAUCCAUGUUUUGCUGUCAAUAUAGGCCAGUCAUGAGAGCUUCAUGACAGUCUAUGUUGUAAGAGAGCAGCUUCCUUACUGUAGCUCAGAGACGUAGAAAACUUAACUGCAUGAUUUCUAGUACGACUUUACACUCUGGACUUUGUUCCUGGCGGAUUUGGUGAUUCCCCAUCCUGGCAAAAUGGAUGUUCUACCCAGUGGAAAUAUCUUCCGGGAGUUGCAAGUUGUUCACGAUACCGGCUAUUUCUCGGCUCAGCCGUCAUUGGAAGACCGGUGGCAGCAGAACUGCUUGGAGAUGGAAAGGUAUCUGAAGAAUGAACCAAGACUGACAUCCUACAAAAAAUUAGACACAGAUUUAGAUAUUCCUUGGAACAAAUUCACUCUACCGGAGGAAACCAGGGAUGAUGAUCCUCCGGAGGAAAAGCUCAAAGGCCUAGCUCACUUGAACAUUGAGGACAAAGCUCCAGACUCUGUUAGUCUUAGUAGUUUUUGCUCUGCUUCCAGUGGAGUUUCAUGGGACAGUAAUAUUAGUGACCCUGCAUCACCAGUAUCGCCACCAAUAAAACCAUCACAUGAUCCUUUUGCAUUGAGACUAGUGGCACAGCCUAGCAGAACUGUGUACUCACCACCAGCUUCUCCAGAGAGACAAGCACCAUCACACGCACUUAUUAUGCCUGUUCCCAGAAGUCGUAGUGCUAGCCAAUCAAAAUCUCCGGCCAAACGGGUAGAUGCAAGCCCAGAUUCCAAGCGGAGGAUACACAAGUGUCCAUAUAAUGGGUGCAAGAAAGUCUAUACAAAGAGUUCCCAUCUCAAAGCUCACCUUAGAACUCAUACAGGCGAAAAACCAUACAAGUGUACGUGGGAAGGAUGUGAGUGGCGGUUUGCCAGAUCUGACGAGCUCACACGUCACUAUCGCAAGCACACGGGAGCAAAACCAUUCCAUUGUAAAUAUUGUGAUCGCAGUUUCUCGAGAUCAGAUCAUCUCGCGCUGCACAUGAAACGCCAUCCUCCUCCACAAUCUGCUGCCUCAUAACAACCUAGGUGCCUCGGCAGCUCAAGACUGCAUAAGGAGCAGGAACAUCUACAUGCAUGCACGCUCAUGCAAGCAGAUCCAAGUGCCACUGUUGACAAAACGCAUAAUGGUGGCCAAAGCGUCACUGCAAGAAGACCAAUCUCUAAUUUUCACAAUUUAUCAACUGUGGACUACCUCACGUCUUUCAUAUAAUCAGCAUCAUGCAAAUAAAGUGAGGAAAAGACCAAAAGGAUCAAGAGAACAAUUUUUAGGCAUCAGAGAUGCUUUGUUGUAUAUACAAUUGGCGUUGCAUCACUGAUGGGUAAGACUUAUUGAUCAAUGGACCUUAGUGAUGAAAAUGUUUCAAUGGCAGCACUUAAAAUGAUUUUCACCCAUUUAUAAUUGGGGAUAUUGUGACAACAUUCAGUGUCCCUUCCAUGUGGGCUUAUUAUGAAUUUAUACUUAAAUGUGUAAAGGAUUAUAUCCACAGACCACUGAGGCGUCUUGUUGAUGUAAGCACAAGAUCUUGAUUAUUGUAUACAUACAAGAUCUGAUGUAUUGUUAAUGUUAAAUGCUAUGACCAUGGUAUAUAGUCUAAUAUAUAUACAUAAAUAUACACAUACAUAUACACACACGUAUACACAUUUAUAUACAUGACUGUCAUCUCUGCUUGUCAUUUUAUUAUUAU